AAUUACCUUGCUUUCAUCUGAAUGAAUGGACAUGGAGAUAGAGGACGAUUCUACUUGUACUUCACAAGACAACUCUUAGCAAUCUUCAUCUAUGCUGGUCAAACUGUGCUUUGGCGGGCGUACAAGUCGUAGGUGAACUUCGACAAGACCGAGAAUUUUCCUUCCUUCAGAAACAAAACGAAAUAAAAGUACACCUCCUCGUCCCGUCGAAACAAAAGAAAAAUAGAGCGGAGAAUGCUGUUCAAGAUCUUCGCCGGGCUCUACUUGCGGAAAUAGGUCUGCUCAUGGGUUUCAGUAGCCCGCCCAAUACGGCUCCUUACACCGCACAGGGUCCAGAAACUACUUACCUGAGCCAGCAGCAGUCUGCGCACCAGCAGCAGUCCUAUCAGGAAGGGUCGCGUCCGCGUUCUUAUUCCAUGAGCUGGAUCGACGAGAUCGUGCCUCCCAAUGAGGAGGAGGACGACCAGGAGAACUUUGAGUAUCAAUAGUUUGGUACAAAAGAAAAUUGAAUAUCUUGAUCAAAAUAAAGCCGUAAAUCUUCAAUCAUUGCACCACGCUUUGCUGCAGCUGCACUUCUACCAGGCACGUUUUAUUCAUUCAUCAAGAUCAAAGUUGAGGUUCAAGUAGGUGUGUUGAGACGAGCUCCUCUUCUCAUGUAGCGGUUCGAUUGCGACAACACAAUUCUCAUACAUUUGCAGCUUGUCGCCGACAAAAUUGGGUGAGUUCCUGACCCGGCCGGGGACGACACCGGUUCCCGUGCGUCCACACGCCGUCGAUGGCAUCAUUGAAGCUGCUCGGGCGAAACCCUCCGGACUCAGUCGUCGGAUGAAGUACCGCGCGCGUCCACAAAAACCGGGAUGUAAGAAUAUGAUGAGCUCCUGCAUUUUCCACCCUAAUUUCACGUUUGUGUGAAACUGUAAGUGUAUGUUGAUGUUGUCUGUUCGCACGCAAACAAAUACAUUGCGUUGCAAUCUCAAAUGAACAGCUUCCAAUGUUUUCUUCGACGCGUUGGAUUACUCGGCGGGCGAGAAAGUGUCACCACGAAAAAAGCAGCUCGCUCUGUUCCACUUGCAGAAUCCAAAGAAAAAAUUCCGGCAAGCAGGUAAGACACGACAAUAAAGAGUAGUAAGUACUUUGUUGUGCGUUCAACGUGUUGCACAACUUGCAUGCAUCCAUAUGUUUCAAGUCCGCUUGCAGCUCUGUCUUAGCAUUGAUUCUGGGAUCUCGAGCGAUCUCGUUCGUCCAGACACAUUGACAGUUGUUCCACUUUAUUUUCAGGUGCCUCUUCCUCGGCAACUUCAAUAGAUCCGAACCGCGUCCUGUUUUCCUCGCACGUCGAUCGGCGCAGCCUCGCGACACGACAGGGCAUGGGGCGUCGAGCGCGCAGCAGCACCGCACCGGCCGGCGAUCUGGUUCGCGACGUGGAGUUUUCGCUGCACCAGGAACUGCACCUAAACGGCCAGCCAGAAAUCGUUGACGAAUUUCAUUCCAGAGGAUUAACGUUUCUGUUGAACCAUCGGCGACCGAAGGAGAUGAAAGCAGUGGAGCCGGACGGCCACAUCGAUCUGUCCGCCGGGCCCUCGCAGGAACUAUCGCAGGAACUUUCACAGGAACUGCCGACGAGCAACGAGGUGUCGCAGGAGCUCGCCGCCCCGGGAGCGGAGUUGGCGAGCAACAGCAGCAAAGGCAAAAGAGGCACGAAACAAGCAGGAGGAGACCCGCUGAAAGACGCCACAGGCUCGAUUUCCACGAAUGAGCGCAGUACGGUGUUUACGGAAAACAGCACAACUCUGACGGAAGGCGCGACGACUACCAUCACGGCCACGAUCACGGAGGAUGACGUGACCGGCGGCGCUGCUAGUUCGAUCGCCGGUGGUGCGGGAGCUGCUACAUCACACGGUCCGCGCAGUAUGACCGCGGCCUCGAACGCGACGCGAUCGACUUCACGCGGCGGCGUAGGAACGCGAGGCAGUAGUCGUGGGUUCUUGUCUUCCAGUCAAACGGUCAGAACGAACAAGAGCAUGUCCAGUACGGCGACCAGUAGUGAUCAAAACGCGAUGAACGCCAAACGGGCCUCCACGGCGGGCAGUUCUUUGACGGCCACGACGGGGCUGCCGAGCACGGCCUCCAGCACCACUCGGCGUGGGCCCGCGGUGGGUUACUACCACUCGGAAAUCUACAAGCAGAAACCAAGCACCACGGCGGGGACCGUUGGCGCGAAGCUCACGGAGGAAAGACGAAAAAACGAACACCACCUGCACCACCAGGGCCGGUUGCGCAGCGAAAUGCUGGGCAUGAUGCUGAUGGGCGGGAGUGGGUAUGACCACGGCCGCGUGUUGCACUCGUCCCAGUCGAGCACGACCGCGUCGGAGAGACGGUCCCUAUUCCCGCCGUCGAGUCCCUUCGAAAACGCCCCCAUGACCAUCACCUAUCACGACGUGGGCAGUCCCAGUCCGGAUAUGAAGAAAAAAAUGGCGCAAACGCAGCCGGUACAGCAAGAACCUGGUUCUUCAUCCCAAAAUCCCUUUUUGAGCCCUCCUGGCACAGCCAACAGCAAAAGCAGGUCUUUCGCCUCUCCGCAGAGUCAGUUCGUCGCGGAGCGGCUCGGGCUGCCGUCCACUGCUUCGCCGGGCACUUUGGCGCUGGAGCAGCUCACCUCCGAGCACCAGCAGAUGGCGCAGCAGCAGCAGCUGCCUUACAGCUGGAAUUUGAUGACUGACGCGCAACUACAGAAGGACGGGAAUGCCCUGUACAACAGUUUGAUUCGUCCUUCGUCCAAGCAGGCUGUGGUGCGCCCGUCCGACCUGCAAGUGCACAACUCCCGAGGCGGCUCUGGUCGAGGCGUGUUAAACAAUUCCGCGCUGCAGGACCCUCGCGUCUCGAAGGUGACCACGCUGGGCAAGUUUGCCACCCCGCCCGGCACCCAGGAAAAAACUUUGUUUCGCAAGCGCGCAAUCCGCAAUCUCGACGAAGCGAUCGAUUUUACCGAAGCAGCAGAUUACUUGAAUGAAGAGGAUGAAGGAGCGGCUCUUCCUCACUCCGCGUCGAAAAAGAACCCAGAAAUAAAUACCGCGGCGAACAAGCGAAGCUACGUUUCAUCUCCGCCGAAGAAAGGACAGCAAAAUGUUUUUGUCUCCCCCUCCAAGGCCUUUCCGGGCGCCCCCCGCACUUCCGGGACGGCAAGCCGCCCGUCGACGCGACAGAGUCUAGGCAGUAAGCGGGCGAAACUGGUGCAACAGUUGCAGAACCAGCACACUGCUGCUGAAACCAAGGAGGAAGAACACGACGAUGUCGCCGACGUGGAGGCGUUGUUAGGCGAGCUGGACGAGGAACAGCACAAUAAGAUGUUGAUGAAGCCAGGGACUGCGCCGGGGAAAAUGCUACGGGGUGGCAGGAACAAGGAAAAUCAAGGAGCGACUGGCAGUUCUGGAAAUAACGCCGCGAAGCAGGGCGGAAAAGGUAGUGCUGUUGGCGGGCCAGCGACUUCCAACAAGAGCAAUCCCUUCAGCGAGUUCAAAUCUGGCUCGUACUACCAAGACUGGCAAAGUUUGGAGAACUCUUCGUUGUACAGCGUGAGUCGGAACGGACCGCGACGCGGAGAAGACAUGCAGCAAGGCAUCUCAAAGUUGCGGACCAGGCACCGGACCGCGCUGGAAGGGAUUUCCAACAACUUCAAUGUCGUCUUCUAAGAUAGACUGUGUGUGUCUACUGCUCGAACCAAAAACACAAACUGGAACUGCUGCACUUAUCGAGCUGCUGUUGCUCCGCUGUCCUCUCUUUUGGUUUGUUGAUAAUAAUCGCGCGACCAUCAGCAGCUACAGCUUUAAAUUUUGUCAGAGUUAGUUUCUUUGAGUUGAGAAGCACGCUUAAGCGUAGCGUUGCUACCUGCCUAGACAAUUGUUGCCUAUCAUUUUCGAAUUGAGCACGAACAACGCCACUAUCUAGCGAGAAUUACUAAAAAUGCGCACGUUUCAGAUUUUUACGAAAACUGUGAACAAUGUCACAUCGCAAAGAAGCAGUUACGAGUUAACUUUUUUUGUCUUGUUUCAGGAAUAAUCAGAAACUGGAUUUUACGAUCAACAGAACAAAUUGAUGAGUCAGUCGUGCUGUUCAGACAGCAUCAUUUUUAGCCAGAAAUGCAAAUGUUGUAGUGACAGACAGAAUUUAUACUCGAACAAGAGGAGAAGAUUCCGAGAAAAUGAAUUGUUUGAUUGACCAACAAAUGCUUUGUGCACUCUUUUUUAUCAUUUGAUCCCCCUCCUUUUUUUGGGUCCAGAAAAAAAAAAUAAAAUAUCACGCAAGGAGAAAAGUCAAAGCUGUUAAGGAGAAAAGUCCUGCCAAGGAGAAAAGUCCAGCCAAAAGAAAAAAGUCCGAGCGUGCAACAGCUCGCGCGGUGUGGGGACUGGUCCCGCUCUUUUUCGUGAGAAGUGGCAUCGGAGAAAGUCACCGUGACAAAUUUCGCCCCUAGCGUUCAAACUUUCUGUAGCGUGUCCCAACCUCCGCACUUGUUAGUCGGGAUGAUUAUGUUGGGGGCGCACGAAGUAGGGCAGUUUUUGCGCCCCCGCACCAGUGCAAGGGUUUCCAACCAGGUAUGAAAGUAAUGGCGCACGGGUGCGCGUUUCGUCGAUUUCUUGCGACGAUACUUUUCAGGCCGCAGGAUGUUUGGAUCUAUUUUCACCAAGAAUCUGCGCGAUUCAUCGGCCCCCUUCUCAAUUCCGAGAAGGGGGCGGAUGGCGGAUUCUGGCUGACGUUGCUCCCGGUCCCGCAUCCCGAAGUCAAGGGGCUGGCUAUCGGAAGCUUUGCUCGGAAUGAAGAUAGGCCUGGUGGUGGGUUUUGCGUUGUGUUUGGUUUUGCGCUUUUGCACCGACGCGGGCGGCGAUGCCUCGUUGAAGUAAGAAAGGCGCAAACCCAGACCCGGCGCCCGCAAAAAGCGGAAGCCAGGGAGGGCCGCGAAAAAAAUCUCCGCGCGCGCUGCGCGCGCGGAGAGAAGUUCUUGCAGCCGAGCCGCAGGCCGUGCGGGCUUCGAAAUGAGCGAAGGGGGUUCGGCAAACUCAACUCCCCGAAUUUGCCACGCGCGCAGCGCCUUCCUUGUGGGGCAACUUCUUCUCCGUGCGGCGCACGCGCGGCCCGGCCCCUCCCAUUCAUAUGGAACGCCUAAAAUUUUUCUCGCGCGCUGCGCGCGCUGGCUGCCCGUCCCCUCUUUGUUUCUCUUGGCCCGUUUUUUGCUCACGCGGGGGCCUCCUUGCUGCAGGGGACGACAAAAAAGUUGUCGCGCGCAACGCACACAGCCUUGGGCUUCCUUCUUUGGGGGGCAAGCCCGUGCAGAAUCCGCUUUGCGCAAGCGGCCUUUGAUGUCCGUGCUUGUGUGGUUGGAGGGCGCCUGGUAUUUUUUCCGCGUACCAGGCACGCAGCCUAGCCUCGUCGCCUUGGGGGGGGGAGGGUCUGAAAGAUCUCUUUCGCACACCGUGCACGCGGAAGCGCACCGAGCUGGCGCAAUUUCCCCGGUGCGUCUAUUUUCUCUGCGUGUGGGGGGAGCCUGCUCUGAUUUGCUGCUAGCCCGGCGGAGAUGGGGCAGCAUGGCGUGCGCGCGGUGGUGCUGACUCUGCUUGCGCGGCACGGCAAAGGCGACGCGCGCGCGGCCCGGAAUUUUCUCCGGACCCGCGGCCCUGUUCCCAAAACCGCAAAAAAAAACUUCUUCGCGCGCUGCCGCGCGCGCGUGCGAAUUCCAUUGGCCCGCUUGCCUGCGCCGCCGGCGAAGGCCACAAGCCGUACGCCCCCCCUGCUGUCCUAGGCCGUGUGGGCGUUGCUGAGCGAUUUCGUUGUGGGGCCUUUGCCGGGCUGCAGCGCGUGGCACAUGGGGUACCGGCUACCCGAGGGAGGCGCCGUGUGUUGCCCUAGGGUGGUACUGGGGGCGUGCCGCGAGUCCUUGGCGCGGCGCUUUUUUUUCGCUUUCUUACUGUCUUUUUUCCCGCAGUGCUGUGUUUAGCAUAGUGUAUUCUGGCUAAGGAUACCCUGGGAACAGCUCACGCGGUGCCAACAUAAGUCCCAGGCUGGCUGUGGAGGUGUUUUUGGUCUCGCGCAGAGAAUGGCUUGGUGCAGGACGCUGGGCGUUUUUCCCGUCGCGCAGUGUUUAGCAUAGGGUAUUCUGGCUACCCUGGGCGCGGCUUGCCCAGGAUAGGUGCGGGUCUGUAGGUCGAUUUUUGCCUCUGAAUGUAGCGGGAGGUCGCUGAGUGUAGCGUAGGGAGAGGCCCCGUAGCAGGGGCCUGUGCCCGGAGACCGUUUUUUUUGUGCCCUGAACGCAUUCGCCCCUCGUUUUCUCUUUAAGAAGUCCGUUUUCCCAUCAUCUUCUUCACGAUGUCGGGGCUUCUCGAGAUUUCCUUCAGAAGGGGACAUUUGGGAAAUCCUUUCUCCUGGGCUUUUCGCAUGAUUUCCUUUGGGAAAUCCCUUCUCCUGGGCUUUCCGCAUGAUUUCCUUUGGGAAAUCCCUUCUCCUGGGCUUUCCGCGUGAUUUCCUUUGGGAAAUCCCUUCUCCUGGGUUUUCCGCGUGAUUUCCUUUGGGAAAUGCCUUCUCCUGGGCUUUCCGCAUAAUUUCUUUUAGGAAAUCGCUCGCCCCUGGGCUUUCCGCGUUAUAGGAAAUCUCUUCCUUAGGAGCCGGCCGCUGAUCUCCGCGUCAACACGUACUGGAAGCAAGCUCCUUCUGAUCUCCACUGCGAAACAGAGCGGAGACGAGCUCGGUGGCUAGGGUCUGGGUGGGAUAGGGCCUGUCAUAAGUAUCGCGGUUUCUCCUUUGAUAUGGAUCAGAGGGUCCGCGAUGUCGGACUUUUCUCCUUUGAUAUGGAUCAGACGACUUUUCUCCUUUGAUAUGGAUCAAAGGAGAAAAGUCCGGACUUUUCUCCUUGCAAAGGAGAAAAGUCCGCUGGAUUGAUACCAGAGCGAGCAGCUCCUGGUCCAAAUCCUUCUGUUUUUGCUUCAAAUCUUUCCGUUUUAGCAUCAAAUCCUUCUGCUUUGGCAUCAAAUCCUUCUGCUUUAGCAUCAAAUCCUUCAGCUUUAGCAUCAAUUCCUUCUGUUUUAGCGUCAAUUCCUUCUGUUUUAGCAUCGAUUCCUUCUGUUUUUGCUUUUUUCUAAAUAUCACACAUGUUGUGAUAUCAGCAGCGCAAUCGACUUUUCUCCUUUGGUCCUGUGAUAUCACGUGAUAUCACGUGAUAUCAAAGGAGAAAAGUCUUUUUUCAAAGUUUAAAGA